AUGGAUAUCCUAAGUAAAAACACAAGUAUUUCUGAGUUUAUCCUGCUUGGACUUUCUCAUUCCCAAGAAAUUCAAAUAUUCUUUUUUGUUAUCUUCUUUCUGGUCUAUGUAGCUGCAGUAGUGGGGAACCUCCUCAUUGUAAUCUCUGUGAUAUUUGAUAACCAUCUUCACUCACCAAUGUACUUCUUUCUGGCAAAUCUAUCAUUUUUUGACCUAUGUCUUUCCUCUGUUGGAACUCCCAAAGUGAUUGCAGACUUCCUUAGAAAACGCAAAACCAUCUCAUUGUGGGGCUGCAUGGUCCAGAUGUACUUUAUGCACUUCUUUGGGGGUGGUGAGAUGUCUCUCUUGAUAGCUAUGGCCAUUGACAGGUAUGUGGCCAUAUGCAAGCCCUUGCACUACCAGACCAUCAUGAACCGCAGGAUGCUCAUUGGGCUUCUGGUGCUGUCAUGGGCGGUUGGAUUCAUUCAUACCACAAGCCAAAUGGUUUUCAUGGUGGGUUUACCUUUCAGUGGUCCCAAUGUUGUGGACAGCAUCUUCUGUGACCUCCCUCUGGUCAUCAAGCUGGCCUGCACUGACACCUAUAUCCUGGAGCUCCUGGUGAUUGCAGACAGUGGGCUCCUGUCCCUGGUCUUCUUCAUCCUCUUGGUCAUAUCCUACAUCAUCAUGUUUGUCACCCUCUGGCAGCACUCCUCCAGGGCCUCCUCCAAGUCUGUGUCCACACUCUCUGCUCACAUCACUGUAGUGAUCCUCUCCUUUGGCCCCGCUAUCUUCAUCUAUGCUUUUCCGUUUAAUAGUUAUUCUGUAGAUAAGUUUCUGUCUUUGUUUUACUCUAUAAUGACUCCCUUCCUUAAUCCAAUUAUUUAUACUUUGAGGAAUCAGGAGAUGAAGGCAGCCAUUAAGAGACUGAGCAGUCAACAGAUUGGUUCCUGUGUUUUCUCUUAG